AACAACCCAAAUGUCCUAUCAACUGACAAAUGAAUAAACAAAAUAUAUAUUCCAUACUGUGGAUUGAUAUUCAGUCAUAAAAAAGAAAUGAAGUACUUCUUAUGCCACUACUGGUACUUGCUUCUGUGCUCAUUCAGUGUGGACCUGAUACCUCCUUUGUGAAGUGGCAGAGGAGGAUACUCUGAAAUUCUCCAUGGUCAAUGAAAAGCCCAAGGAAGGAGUCAAGACUGAGAAAAAUGAUCAUAUUAAUUUGAAGGUGUUGGGUCAGGAUGCUUCUGUGAUAAAAAAAAAGAUUAAGAGGCAUACAACACUUAGCAAACUAAUGAAAGCCUUCUGUCAACCACAGGGUUUGUCUGUAAGGCAGAUCAGAUUCCCAUUUGAAAGACAGCCAGCCGGUGAAACAGACAUACCCACACAGUUGGAAAUAGAGGAGGAAGAUAAAACUGAUGUGUUCCAGCAGCAGACAGAAGGUGUCUACUAAAGAAGGAACCUGCCACUUUGUUCCAGAACUAUGUUCGUACAGACCAAGAAUACAUUCUGUGUUAAAAAACUCAAUUUGGGGCGCCUGGGUGGCUCAGUCGGUUAAGUGUCCGACUUCAGCUCAGGUCAUGAUCUCGUGGUUCAUGGGUUCGAGCCCCGC